UAUUGUACAUACCCUACUUUUUCCCUUUGGCUUGCUGCACUCCCUUUAAACGCUCAUUUUGGACACAGGACCGAUCUGUCGACGGUUCCUACUGUGGCAGGCGUCAUUGUCAACGGGCGCGUUCUGCCAGCUUCGGCCACACUUGUUUUGGGGCCGCAGUACUCGGAUUGUGUCAAUAGUAUCUGCAAUGUAUAUGCCUUUCUCUCCAAGUAUGCGGUGACUGACUCAGACUGUGGCGGAUCCAGAUCUGUGCUAGUGCAUCUUGGAGAUGUUCCUGGUACGCGCGGGGUGGAACAAUUUCGCCGGCGCAAUCAUAUGCGGCGAUUGGAGGUGCAUAAUCAUGACGAAGUGUCAUUGAGCGUGUCCAAUGCCUCUCGCGCAGUCAAGGAGUGGACAGGUCACUCCUCUACGGAAAGGUGACCUGAACAACUGGUGUUGAAACUUGAAAUUGCAGCCUGAGCGAACAACCAACACGGGUGAGGAAGGUAUCGAAAAGAAUCAUUCAAAACCGUGUAACACCGAACAUUUAAAUGGGAUGGUGACUCGUCCUUGACAGAAGCGGAAUUGGUCCAAACUGAGGCGUAUGGGCCCCCGCAGACAACCAGAACAGUGCCCAAAGCAAAUAUUCAAAAGGCAUCGGCAUCGUAGGAACACAAUGGAUACCGGAAGAGAAAGCAAACUGGCCAAGGGGCAUACAACUGCAAAGCUUGC